AUGACCCACCAAACACAUGCAUACCACAUAGUUAACCCGAGCCCUUGACCUCUUACAGGGGCACUAUCAGCCAUUUUACUUACCUCAGGCUUAAUUAUAUGAUUCCACUUUAAUUCAACAACCCUACUCUCACUAAGCAUACUAACCAACCUUAUAACUAUAUACCAAUGAUGACGAGAUGUAGUACGAGAAGGAACAUACCAAGGCCACCACACCUCUAUUGUACAAAAAGGUCUUCGUUAUGGGAUAAUCCUUUUCAUUAUUUCAGAGGUAUUUUUCUUCUCAGGAUUCUUCUGAGCAUUUUAUCACUCCAGCUUAGCACCUACUCCAGAAUUAGGGGGAUACUGACCCCCUACAGGCAUUAACCCUUUAAACCCCUUAGAAGUUCCACUAUUAAAUACAUCAGUAUUACUUGCCUCUGGAGUAUCAAUCACUUGAGCCCACCAUAGCUUAAUAGAAGGAAACCGAAAACAAAUAACCCAAGCCCUUGCAAUUACCAUUAUCCUAGGGGCCUAUUUCACCCUACUUCAAGUAUCUGAAUACUUCGAAGCAUCUUUCACCAUCUCUGACGGUAUUUACGGCUCUACAUUUUUCGUUGCAACAGGAUUUCAUGGAUUACACGUAAUCAUUGGAUCAACAUUCCUAAUGACAUGCUUACUACGCCAACUCUACUUCCACUUUACCUCUAAACACCAUUUCGGAUUCGAAGCCGCAGCUUGAUACUGACACUUCGUAGACGUUGUAUGACUAUUCCUUUAUGUCUCUAUUUAUCGAUGAGGCUCAU